CAAGGGAGGAAAGGCAGGAUGAAGUUGAUGCUUAUUGGUUGCUGAGCUGCUGCGUGUCAGCGGGGUAUAUUUCCGUUUCGAUAGCAGCAGAGCGGAAGUAGCAGGAUGUUGGGGGAUUUACUGCUGUUCGGGACUCUGUUGGUCAAUGCUGGAGCAGUGUUAAACUUCAGGCUGAAGAAGAAGGAGAGUCAGGGCUUUGGUGAAGAAGGAAGAGAACCAACGACAGGUGACAAUAUCAGGGAGUUUCUGUUAAGCUUAAGAUACUUUCGGAUCUUCAUUGCACUAUGGAAUAUUUUCAUGAUGUUUUGCAUGAUUGUGCUGUUUGGAUCUUAAACACCUUUGACUGAACUGGCAACAAUACAUGUUAAUCUUUGGUAAUUUGCAGAUGACUUUCAACUGGAAAUACGAAAUACUCCUAAGUAAAAGAUUUGGCAUCUUUUUAGUA